AUGCAGCCGCGACCAGGUCAACAGAGACCCCCGACUUAUGGACAGUACGCUGCUGUACCUAGUCAACAUCAACAGCCUCCACUCCAGCAAUACGCACCUCCACUCCAUGCGCCAGCUCCACAGCACGCCCAACAUUCAACAUCAAAUUCAUUGGGGGCUCAAAAGAUUCCCUCCUUUGCCCCACUUCCACAAUCUGUAAAUGCCUACAAUCCUCCUAUUUCUACUAAUCUCUCAUAUCGACCUGCUGCUGCUGGUAUACCACAACAACUCCCACAACAAAUGCCAUACUCAAACAACCCAACUGUUGGCAUCAUGCCUACCCAGCAGUUACAACAACAGCAACAAGGAGUAUGGGCUAGUGAUCCAUGGCAGGAAUUGCAGGGAAGUGCUGCUGGCCAACUGGGCCUGCAGUUCGGAAGUCAAGCUCUCAAACAGGGUCAUGAAAUCAUGCAAAACAAUAUCAAUCGAUGGAUUAACAUACCCACUCUCAAAUACUACUUUAACGUCAAUAACGCAUAUGUUGCUACAAAGCUACUGUUGCUACUCUUCCCCUAUCGACACAAGUCAUGGACUAGACUGGUAAAGAGAUCUGAACAAGAUGGCCAACUGGAAGGUUACAAGUCUCCUCGUGAAGAUCUAAAUGCUCCUGAUCUCUAUAUUCCUGUCAUGUCCUUUGUCACCUACAUCCUACUCGUCGGAAUGUGGGCCGGACAGCAAGACAAAUUUCAUCCCGAAGUAUUAGGAAUCACCUCAACUACAGCCUUAUUCGUCGUCGUCCUUGAGGUCUUAUUUGUCAAGUUUGGGUGCUAUCUGUUAAAUGUAGUAGGAGAUGUGCCAUGGUUGGACUUGGUUGCCUAUUGCGGCUAUCAAUUCGUUGGUCUCAUUUUUGUGGAAGGUGCUAGAUUGUUGGCACCGUAUUGGGUGGUCUAUGCCAUCUUUGCCUAUGUCAUGAUUUCAUUUGGAUUUUUCAUGCUUCGAAGCCUACGUUAUAUCGUCCAGCCUGAAUCUACUCAUACGGUGCAAAUGGACGCCAGAAGGCGACGAAUUCAAUUCCUCUUUAUUGUCGUCCUGGUACAGAUUGCCAUGGCAUGGCUCUUAUGCUGA